GGCUGAUAAUGGCGUCGGCUGCUUCUUGUGCUGUUUGGAGGACCGAAGCGUCUCCUGGGAGACAAAGAAGAUGCUAAGAAGAGGACUGUGAAUAACAGAGAAUGAGAAGCAGUGUUAAAACAAAAAAUCAAAAUCUUUUCCACUUCCUCCAGAAAGUGUUAGAACGCUUCUCUUUCCUCAAAAGGUGAGAAACAAGGGAAAGAAUAAAGUUUUGAGCUGGAAACAAUAGAGUAUGUGGAACUCAAGGAAAGAUUAAUUAAAAAGUCAAAGGGGAUAAUUUCCAAAUUCGGAAAAAGUGAAAACAAUUGGAAGUCAGUGGGAAGGGAAAGUUCCCUUGGAUAGCCAAAAUGGGAAGUCAUUAAUGAAAUAAUUUGAGGAAGGAAAGAAUGGCUUAUAUCAGAAUAUCUGCAGAUAAGAGAUCAGAACUAUUUUUCGCCUCCUCAAGUAUCCAAGAAUAUCAGUGUUAGAAAAACACAGAGGGCCUAUUGUGGAAAAAAACAACAGAUUGCAGAUCACAGCUAAUUAUGCAACAGAGGGUCCGCACCAAUGAAAAUCCACACAAAUGCUCAUAGUGUGGCAAAAGUUUUACUGAGAACAGCUCCCUCAUGGAAACACUCACACCGGAGAGAAGAUCUACCAGUCCUCCCAAUGUAGCAAAAGCUUUAGCAUGCCACCCCAUUUUUGUGAGACACAAGAGAACUCACACUGGGGAGAAACCCUUUGAAUGUCCCGAUUGUGGAAAAAGUUUCACUCGAAAUUCCCACCUGGUGAUACACCAGAAGACUCACACUGGAGAGAAACCAUAUGAGUGUCCUGAUUGUGGGAAAACUUAUACUUGGAAGUCUGAUCUGAUGAAACAUCAGAGGAUUCACACAGGAGAGAAACCAUAUAAAUGUCUGGAUUGUGAGAAAUGUUUCAAGCAGAAUAUCAAACUGGUGAUACAUCAGAGAAAUCACACAAGAGAGAAACAGUAUGAGUGCCCAGAUUACAGUAAGAGUUUCAAGCAGAAUGCCAACCUGCUAAUAUAUCAGUGGACUCACAUGGAAGAGAAACCGUAUCAGUGUCCAGAUUGUGGAAAAGGUUUCAGUUGGAAUUCCGACCUGGUGAUACAUCAGAGGAUUCACACAGGAGAAAAACCAUAUGAGUGUCAGGAUUGUGGGAAAAGUUUCAGUAGAAAUUCCCACCUGGUGGAACACCAGAGAAUUCACACAGGCGAGAAACCAUAUAAGUGUCCUGACUGUGGGAAAGGUUUCUCUUGGAAUUCUAACCUGGUGGUACACCAGAGAACUCACACAGGUAAGAAACCAUAUCAAUGUCUGGAUUGUGGUAAAAGUUUCAAUUGGAAUUCCGCCCUGGUGAUACACCAGAGGACUCACACAGGAGAAAAACCAUAUGAGUGUCUGGAGUGUGGGAAAAGUUUCAUUCGGAAUUCCGAUUUAGUUAUACACCAGAUGACUCACUCGGGAGAGAAACCAUAUGAGUGUCCAGACUGUGGGAAGAGUUUCAGUAAAAAUUUCAAUCUGGUGGUACACCAGAGCACUCACACAGGAGAUAAACCAUAUGAGUGUCCGGAGUGUGGGAAGUGUUUCAGUCAGAAUUCCAACCUGGUGAUACACCAGAGAACUCACACGGGAGAGAAACCCUAUGAGUGUCCAGAUUGUGGGAAGAGUUUCAAGCAGAAUGCCAACCUUCUGAUGCAUCAGAAAACUCACACGGGAGAGAAACCAUAUGAAUGUCCUGAAUGUGGAAAAAGUUUCAGUAGGAAUUUCAAUCUGGUGAUCCACCAGAGAAUUCAUACCGGAGAGAAACCAUAUAUUUGUCCUGAUUGCGGGAAAGGUUUCUGUCGGAAUUAUCACCUGGUGGUACACCAGAGAACUCAUACAGGCAACAAACCAUAUCAGUGUCUGGAUUGUGGUAAAAGUUUCCAUUGGAAUUCUGCCCUGGUGAUACACCAGAGGACUCACACAGGAGAAAAACCAUAUGAGUGUCUGGAGUGUGGGAAAAAAUUUGUUCAGAAUUCCAAACUGGUGAUACAUGAGAGAACUCACACAGGAGAGAGACCGUAUGAAUGUCCAGAUUGUGGGAAAGAUUUCAAUAGUAGGUCUACCCUUAUAAAUCAUGUAAGAUUACACAUAGGGGAGAAACCAUUUUAACGCUUAGAUUGCUGUGUUUCACACAAAAUUCCUCUUUUAUCGUACAGAAGAUAUUCCAUGAAGUGUUAUUCAGUGUCGUUAGUGGAAUCUUGAAUAUCAUUUCUAAUCUCUCAUUGCAAGCUCAGCUGAGAAACUAGCUACUUUAAUUUCUCAGCGAUUCUUUUUAUCAAAUGUCUUUAUUAUUAAACAUGAAGGAGGAGAUCUGUGUUGGGAAGUCCAAGCCCUUUGAGCUUCCUUUCUCUGGCCCAGUGCAGUUGUUCCCUUCCACACAGGGAAGACAGGUGAAAUCCUAUGGUUGGCUGGCGAAAGAAAUCUGCCCAGCAACGAAAUUCCCUUUUGCACAUAGAGGGGAACCGCCUGCCGUCUUUUGGCAGGCAGCUAUUUCACUCUGUUUGCUUGAUCACCUACAUUGUCUAUUAGUGAUUGUGACUUGGGAGGGGGCAGGAUUCCGUUUCUGGGAGAGGCAAUCAUAUGAGUAUCAUGUUUUAGGACCAAUAUUUCUGCCCCCAUUGUUGUCAUAAGUCGACGAUCACCUGUAUUCUAUGCACUAAAGUGGAAAAUCUCAACUUUAACCGUAAUGGAGGAAUGGUGGUUGAAGAGGAUGGAACUUGUUUGAGAUGAAUCAUUGACUUCCUCAAUCAGAGAAAAGACAUUUUCUACACUCCUUGCUAAUGGAAAGCCCUUUAGAGGCUUGGUGUGGAAAAAAAUAAAGUUAUGACUUACAGUUUUGAUUAUUAAA